AUGUCUCAAGAACUCGGAUGGCCCAGGGACGACGAGGACCUCUCAAUGCUCAUCGACACUGAUGUCAACCGGUCCAUAGACUCUGGAUUCGUCGACCUCACUAUGGAAGCUCCUGCACAAACCUCCCGUUUGAGUACCAGAGGCAGCCGGAUGUCUACACACGAACGCAUCAGCAGCGCACUGAAAAUACUGCGGGACAGUCGGAUAUCUAUUCUGGACUUACUUGUGAAGAUAAUGGACCCAUCUCAGAUGUUGUACUCAACUUAUCGAGAUCGCAUGUACGUGCCUUCGGCAACUGAGAAGCAAUCGGGAAACAGGAGGUUGGAGAAGGUGCUGGAUUUUCUAUGGGACGAUCCCCGAAGUCAUGCGCGUGUUCUCAAGUGGAUGCAACCACAUGCCCUCUCAUAUAUCUGUGAUACCAUGUAUGGUGAAAUGGACCAGGUCAAACAGUGCCUCCAUGUCACGCUCAAUAUUAUCACUCCCAAACUCCUCCUUGCCUGUAAUGUCGAAACAACUCUUUCCUCUGUCGUACACGAACAUGCACCUGUACUGUGCGAAAUUGUUGCAAGCGCUGCUCAGACCGAACGUGUGAAGGCGAAGAAUAAAGUCAAAGAUUGUGGUAUUGCGGAUGGGUUGGAGUCUGACCAAAGUGGAUGCCAUCCCAUUUCUGAGAAAGAUGGCUCGCAACUUGUCUCUUUAAUUCAGAUCACGACUCCUCAGAUAUCAACGCACGGCUCUUUCGUUCUGGACCCAAGCAUCGUCAUCAGACAAACCAAUUUUCCGAUAGCUUCGGGUGGGCUUGGAGACGUGUACAAAUGUACCUUGCUAAACAGGGGUGCAAGUCCAGAAGAGGUUGCGGUCAAAUCGCCACGGUUUCCAAGUCUGACUGAAGCCGAAAUUGCCAAAAUAAACCAUAAUCUUGACCGCGAAAUCAAGAUAUGGACCCUACUGGAACAUCAAUAUGUAUUACGUCUGCAUGGCACCGUAACAGGUUUUGGGCCGUUUCGCUCAUUGGUUUCCUCCUGGAUGCCGAACGGAACAUUGAACUCCUACCUUAAUCGUGCGCAUGAAACCCUCACGACUAUGGGUAGCCUUCACAUUCUUAAACAGAUUACGGAGGGGCUCAAAUACCUCCACGAUAACAACGUGAUUCACGGUGAUCUUACCAGUAACAAUGUCCUGGUUGCUGCCGAUGGAUCCCCGCGCCUUGCAGACUUCGGUGUUUCGAAUAUCAUGGUAAAGUCCAACCCGGCAUUCUCCUACCACACCGGCGCUGUUCGUUGGGCCGCUCCGGAGUUUAUUGUCCAUCAGGAAGGCCAAACUGUGCAAUGCGCCACUAAAUUCAGUGAUAUAUAUGCUCUUGGGUGUAUCAUGCUUCAGGCCAGUCUCAUAUUUACGUUGUUUACGACACCUGACAGGUUCUUCGUGGCAUUAAAGUUCAAUUACCAAGAGCCCAUUAUUGACACCAUGCAAAUUCCAGCACAUCCCCUUGAUUUCAUGCGGCGGUGCUGGUCAAUCAAGAGUGAGAAUCGUCCAUCAGUGGAUGACGUGUUGGUCUUUCUCGAGAAAGCUAUCUCCCAUGAAACUUCAUCUACGUAA